UCAGAAAAAUAUUUUUUUAGAAAAUGAAAAAAAGAAAAUAAAUUAUCUCCGCGUCGUUCAUUUCUUUGUUGAAUUCUAAGAGAGAACAGUCCGAGAAUUCUCUGAUCCUCUUAGGUCCUCAUCGAUUCAAUUCAGCAAUAUUUUCAUUAAUCAAAUAUUUUAGAGAUUUUUCCCCCCUUUCAUUCCUGCAAAUUGCUUCAAUGGCUUCAAGUUCUCACAGAAGUGGUGAUUUCUACGGUGCCGCGCCGUAUCGAUCAAGAGAAGGAUUAAGCACGAGACAGGUAGGCGGUUCGGAUGAAAUACAGUUGCGUAUUGAUCCGAUGCAUGGAGAUUUGGAUGACGAGAUCACUGGUCUUCGCAAGCAAGUUAAACAGCUUAAAAGUGUAGCUCAGGAGAUUGAAUCAGAAGCUAAAUUCCAGAAUGACUUUAUUAGCCAGCUGCAAAUGACAUUGAUCAAAGCCCAAGCUGGAGUGAAGAACAAUAUGAGGCGGCUGAACAGGAGUAUCAUCCAGGAAGGAGCAAACCAUGUUAUGCAUGUGGUUCUUUUUGCGCUGCUAUGUUUCUUUGUCAUCUACUUAUUGGCCAAGUUCUCACGGCGAUAGUGGGAGUCUCUCUCAUAUUCUCUGGAGAGGCUAAAGGAUUCUCCCUGCACACCAACUUGCACAAUUUUGUUCAAGCCCCACUUUUGCCAGAGAUUGUUGCUGACUGAGCAGAAACAUAUGUACUUAAUUAAGACACAUUUGAAUUCUGUGAUCUGUACAUAUUAUUGGGUGAGGAACUUACAACUUUGGAUUGCAAAGAAUUGAACUUUUAAGUUUUCAGACAUGAACUGUGGAAGAA